CCUACUCACUGCCACACGGACACAAUGGAACUGGUGUGACACUGUCUAGCAGACAUCCCUUGUUAUAACAGAGUCGUGUCUCCGUCUGUCAAUGCAACGUUGAAUCGGUCUUGUCUUUAGACUGCUAACAGCUAUCUCUUUGUCAUUUUUGCGUUAACGAAUUAGCUUGGUGAGAGCGCUAACGCUAGCUAGCGAAGCAGUUGCUUGAGCUCUGCUCCUUGGUUUGGAUAUAUUGCCUCAGAUACAUUAUUGCUCUCCAACUAAUCUGAUAGAGAGGGAUUAUGGCGUUUCCUUUUGAUAUUAACCAGAUAUUCCUCGAGAGGGUAACGCUCUUGGACCAGACUCUUGUUGCGGGAAAUCGUAAAUCAACAGAAAGACCAGAUCUUUUGGAACACAUAGUAACGGUCAUUGAUGAACUUGGAAGAGCCUCGGCAAAGGCCCAACAACUCACAACUCCAAUAACAAGUGCUUCCAAACUACAGUCCCAGAAGCAUCAGCUGUAUCUGCUGAAGGACGUAGAAAGCCACAGAGGACACGGUAUGGUUGUAGGAUUUCUCAAGGUCGGCUACAAGAAGUUAUUUCUUCUUGACAGACAGGGUGUGCACAUAGAGGCAGAGCCAAUGUGUGUUUUGGAUUUCUACAUUGCAGAGAACUUUCAGAGACAUGGCUACGGAUCAGAGCUGUUUGACUUCAUGUUGCAGCACAACAAUUUAGAGCCGGUGCUGAUGGCUUACGACAGGCCCUCACCAAAAUUUCUGUCGUUCCUGGCAAAGAAAUACUGGCUGACACAAAGUGUCCCACAGGUCAAUAACUUUGUGGUGUUUGAGGGAUUCUUCCUCAACAAAACAGUUGCCCAGUUGAGAAAGGUUCCCCUGAAAAAACCAGACGGAGAAAUCAAACCCUACGCUGUAAUGGAGAGAGAAGUUGUGAAUCAGGAGCAGAGGGCUCUUCCUUGGCCAUUCCCUCUGCCUCACUCCCCCCAGCGGUCAGUAUCGUCCCAGAGCUCCAAUUCCCUCAGUGUGGGAUCCUCCCCCAGCAGGGUGCCACUUCAAGUCACCUCAGCUUCUGCAGUUGCAGGCAACAGAGACAGCCCACAGUCCCCUCUCACUGAGCGUUGCAGGGCAAGACGCACCAGUUCUCUUAAUAGAUCUAAGCUAGGCUUCCAUUGAUCAGCCGCUGAUUUGCAUCAUAGGAUUCUUCCCUUUGAAGAAUUGGUUGUGGUGUCUUAAUUUACUAGAUAGCCUCUUUCUUUAAUGUGGAGAAAGAGACUAAUGUUGAUUAUUGGACAGAAAUCAGGAUAAGCUCUCUUACGCCUUUUAGAAACAUACAUGUACUCCCCUCCUAGCAGCAGAGGGGAACUUGAUAUAUCUGUGUUAUCUACUCCUUUUUUUUUUUAACCAAUUAAAUCUUGUGCCACACAACUGCAAUUGAGAUUGCCUUUUGUCCUACAACAAUCAUGUACAUGCAUUUACCAUUGUUGGUAACUAAACAAUACAAAUUUUUGUUAAAUGAUAGGGAUUAUUCCAUUCUGUGACUUUUGUGUUUUAUGAUUGGUGGCAUUGAUACACCCUGAAUACAUUGUUUUCUCUUUGUUUUGAAAUUAGGUAAUUUUUUUUUUUCAUUCUUCACUUUUUUGUUUGCCCUUGUCUUACCUAACUGUCCUUUGGAUGCAAUAUUCUCCCUUCUUCUACUCUUGUCAUUUUUUUUUACCAUGUUCUCCAUAUUUUUGGUUUUCUGCUCAUCCUCCUUGCUUGCUGUUGCCAUCUCCCCUAUAGCCAAAAGAGUCUAGCUGCUAGAUGCAGCCUGUACCAUUGGCAUUUGGACACCAGAGCUGUUGGACUGCUCGACAGACAUACCUAUGCCAGGUAGGGUUCAGUAUAGAUGUUUACUUCAGUCAAAAACCUUGUUAGACUCACACAUGAGAGUCAUACUGAUGCUUGAUUAUUUGCAUCCUGCCUUCAAAUGCACCUCAUAGUUACUUUAUUGGAAAUUCAAGUGGUUUAGUUGUAUAAAACAGUGCUGAAAGGCUACGGCAACAUGGACACUGAUGUUGCAAGCUGGCAGGCAUGUAAUGUAAUGCAGCAAAUGCAAAGGCAUAAUGAUUGAGGGAAAAAAUGAAGCUGUUGAAAAUAUAUUAGGAAAUUUGUGUUGUCACAUUUUGAAGGAAAACUCAAUCCAACUAAUAUUGCUAAAAUAAUCAUCCAUACAACAAAAAAAUUACUUUGGCCUUUGCCAUUACUUAAAAAAAACAUGGCACAUCCUGUUCUGAGGUCUAAGGCUGUAAACACCACUAGGUGGGGCUGUUAAUAUGAUCUCUGUGGUAAACAUGACCCCAUUUACAUGUGGCAAUAUGCUUACUUUGUUAUACUGGUCAUCAUGUUUUAGUAUAACAUGGUUCACGAUUCUGCACACUUGAUCGCAACACUUUUUCAAUGUAGCUCUCCUCAGAUCCUCUGCAGAUGUUCAAAGGACUAUAAAGCAGAAUUUUUUUUAUAAAACAUAAGAGUACAUAAGAGUACAUAAGAGUACAGUAUGCUCAGGAUUCUUUGGUUUCCUCAGUCAAAAUGCGUCUCAAUAAGACUAGGAUGUUAGGCGGUAUUUGAGUAACAACAUAGCAUCCUCGCCUGUGUUUAUCUGGCUUUAAUUUCAAUCACUUCAAACUAAUAUUCCAAAUUAAGGGUUGCAGCGUAUUUAGCAGCUGUCAGUUAAAAAUGUAUUUAAUCCCUGUUCACUCCCAGAAACAGUUUAAUAGACCCAGAGGUGUAUGAUUUUAAUUUCAAUUCUGGCCUCCAAGGUGCAUCUAAAGGUUAGCCUACUUAUUAAGUAUUAUCUCUAACUAAAAUUUCGUAUAAUAUAAUUUGAGGACCAUAUAUGUGAUUUUAAAUCACCAUAUUGCAGAAAUAAAGAAUGAUAACCUCAGUACUUCUAGGACUGCACGAUAUUAGGAAAACAUGCAAUAUGCGAUAACCAUGUUGAAUAUCGCAUGACGAUAUGACUUGCGAAUUUAUCCACAGAGAAAUUGUACAGCCCGGCCGCAGUACCAUCUAGUCCAGUGCCCACAGACACACAAGGAGCCAUGCACAGCUCCACUAAGUCCACUUGCAGUGUUAAUUGUUCAUACAUUGGAUCUUGAAUCUUGUUUUAUUUUUUUACAGUUUUCAGAGGCCACAUCAGUAAUUAACUGCACCUCUCUGUAUCUCCACCAUUUGCGCUGCGCACUGCGACAAAAGCGUCAAAACAAACCAAGCGCGCAGUUGCAGUGUGUGUGCGUGUGAACAUUUAACUCAGCAAUUAUCUUUGUUAUAAGGUGCUCAAUCGCUUUUAAAUGAUAGUGUUUUUUAUACUUGUUGUCUACGUUUAAUAAUAAUAUAUAGUCCUUUAAUCCCCAAAAUAUUCUGUGUCCCUUCCCUGUUUUGGAAUAACUGUUAAUAACAGAAGUGCAAUAGAUGACACACGUAAUGGAGCACAUCAGAAAGACAAGGGUAUUUACAGCAUUGGCUAGAAUAAAAGGUUUGUAUCAUAAUGGAAGGUAAAUUAAUUGAUGAAUUAUUGUUAGAAAUGGUUGAGUAUCUGAGUAGACAUAUUGUAUAUCAGGCAUGUCUUGUUGUAAUCAUAUUCGAUGGUCAGCAUCCACCACGAUCAUGAUCCAUCAUGAAGAUCGGAGGCCACCAUAGUCCACAAUCAUGAUCAACUGCCGCCAUCAGGAUCCACCAUCAGUUGCCUCCACUCUCAGAUGACAACAUGAUACAGGAUCCGCCAUUAUUAUCACUAUCCGCCAGCACGAUGCAGGAGCGCCAAUAUGAUCACGAACAGCCAGCACGGAUCCACCAGCACGGAUCCACCAUCAUGAUCACGAUCUCUGAUUUGCGAUCCACCAUCAUAAUCCAAGAUGUGGACACAGCGACGGCCCUUGGUCUGCGGACAAUAAGGCAUUAGGACACCGCGGAAGAAGUCAAGUCAGUAACAUGUAUUGAUGAGACAUUCAUUUCUUUGAUGUGAUAAGGAGGGAGAAAGCUCUUGCUCCUACUCUGCUUUUAGAGACUUGAGAUACGACACGUAAAUCUGAGUUCUUGGAGUGCAGUGCUCUAGUGGGGUGAUAAGGUACUAUGAGCUCUUUAAGGUAUGAUGGUGCCAUAUUAUCGAGGGCCUUGAAGGUGAGAAGGAGAACUUAAAAUUCUAUUCCAGAUUUAACCGGAAGCCAGACAAUAGAAUGAGGCUAAUAUGGGAGAAAUUUGGUCUCUUUUCCCAGUUCUUGUCAGGACAUGUGCUGCAGCAUUUUGGACAAGCUGCAGAGUCUUUAACGACUUACUACUGGAGCCUGAUAAUAAGUUACAAUAAUAAAGUCUGGAUGUAACAAAAGCGUGGACAAAUUUUUCAGCAUCUUUUUUAGAUAAGACAUGUCUGACUUUUGAGAUGUUACACAAGUGAAAGAAGGCGGUCCUAGGAAAUAGUUUUAAGGGUGAUGUAAUUUAGCGCAGCUAUAUUAUUAGUAAUUAGUAUUAAUGUAUAUCUAGGGCCAAGUAUUAAAACCUCUGUUUUACCGAAGUUUAAUAAGAGAAAGUUGCGGGUCAUCCAGCUUUUUAUUUCCUUGAGACAUGCUUGGAGUUUAGUUAGUUGAGAAAAAAAUUAACCCUGUGGUUAACUUGCUGCACUUAGAUGACUGAUCAUUAAUUUGCACAAAUUGGAAUUGAUUUGAAAAUAGGAUUUAAACCAGUGUGGGGCGGUCUCUUUAAUGCCAAUUUACUUUUCCAGUCUGUAAUAAUAUUUGAUGGUCAAGAGUCUCUAAUUCUCCUCGAUCCAUCAGAAUGAGGACAGACACAAAUCCUUGAUCUGAAGCUAUUAGAAUGUCAUUAGUGACUUUUGCCAAGGCUGUCUCUGUGCUGUGAUUAGCUCUAAACCCCGAUUGAAAGUCUUCAUAUCAAUACUUUCCUGGAGAAACUCACACAUCUGAUCCGAUCCAAGCUACUCAAGGAUUUUACUGUAGACAGGAAGGGGAGGUUGGUCUGUAGUUGGCAAAAAACCUCUGGGUCCAGGGUGAGUUUUUUGAGAAGGGGUUUGAUUGGAAAGGACUGUGGUACAUAUCCUGAUGAUAAUGAGAGAUUGAUUUAAUCAAUCAAUCAAUCAAAUUUUAUUUGUAUAGCCCAUAUUCACAAAUUACAAUUCGUCUCAUAGGGCUUUAACAGGGUGUGACAUCCUCUGUCCUUAACCCUCAGCAAGAGUAAGGAAAAACUACUAAAAACCCUUUUAACAGGAUAAAAAUAUGUAGAAACCUCAGAGAGAGCCACAUGUGAGGGAUCCCUCUCCCAGGACGGACAGAAGUGCAAUAGAUGCCACGUGCAGGAGAACAUCAUCAAUAAUCAAAGUCUCUAGCAGCAUUUGAUGAGGGUAGACAUCCCGAAGGACAACCCCAACAUGACAUGCCAAGCAGUCCCGCUGCAAGCACAGUCCAACACCGCGACCCCCGGUGCGCGAUCCACAAAACGCAAUCCAUGGUGCGGCCACAGAGGCCCUGGAUCUGCGGGUGAUAAAGCAAAGGGAUUCCGGGGAAGGGGGAUAGGGAUGGAGAAGAGGAAGGAGAAGCUGGAAAGAGAAGCUCCGUGUGUCAUGUGUCAUAAAAUAGAACAAGUAACGUUCUGGCGCACUAAUUAGCUCUAACUAUAAGCUUUAUCAAAAAGGAAGGUUUUGAGCCUACUUUUAAACGAAAAGAUGGUGACUGCCUCCCGAACUGAAAGUGGUAGAUUAUUCCACAGUCGAGGGGCUUGAUGGCUAAAAGCUCUGGCUCCUACUCUACUUUUAGAGAAUUUAGGGACGACAAGUAGGCUUGAAUUCUAGGAGCGGAGUGCUCUAGCGGGUUUAUAAGGUACUAACAGCUCUUUAAGGUAAAAAGGCGCUAUAUUAUUAAGGGCCUUGAAGGUGAGGAGGAGAAUUUUAAAUUCUAUUCUAGAUUUAACUGGAAGCCAGUGUAGCGAUGCUAAUACUGGAGAAAUGUGCUCUCUUGUCUUUGUUCUCGUCAGGACACGUGCUGCGGCAUUUUAGACAAGCUGUAGAGUCUUUAACGACUUACUGCUGGAGCCAGAUAAUAAUGAAUUACAAUAGUCCAGUCUCGAUGUAACAAAGGCGUGGACUAGUUUUUCUGCAUCUUUUUGGGAAAGGACAUGUCUAAUUUUUGAAAUAUUACGCAAGUGGAAAAAAGCGGUCCUAGAAAUUUGUUUUAAGUGACUAUUAAAGGAUAAAUCAGGAUCGAAGAUCACUCCCAAGUUCCUGACUGUUUCAUUGGAAGCAAGGGCAAUGUCGUCUAGCGCAGCUAUAUCAUUAGAUAAUGCAUCUCUAAGGUGUUUGGGGCCAAGUAUUAUAACCUCUGUUUUGUCUGAGUUUAAUAAGAGAAAAUUGCGGGUCAUCCAGGUUUUUAUGUCCUUGAGACAUGUUCGAAGUUUAGUUAAUUGAUUACUUUGUUCAGGUUUUAUUGAUAAGUAUAACUGGGUGUCAUCCGCAUAGCAGUGAAAAUUUACCGAGUGUGUCCUGAUAAUGUUUCCUAGUGGAAGCAUAUAUAAUGAGAAUAAAAUUGGGCUGCUGAUCAAUGUUGAUCAGAGAGAAGCUGUCUAAAUAAUUGGAUUUUCAGAUGUUUCUGAGAUUUCUGUUAUUGAUGGGGUAUUGGUGCCAACUGAAUGCAGGAGAUGGCUGAUUUUAUUUAUAAUAGUUAGAAUUGUAUCAUUAAAGAAUGUCAUAAAGAUAUUCAGGGAUCGAGGAAUACUGGGUUCGAUGGAGCUGUGACUCUCUGUCAGCCUGGUUACAGCGCUGAAGAGAAACCUGGGGUGGUUUUUAUUCUCUUCUAUUAACAUUGAGUAGUAGGCAGCUCUUUGAACAAUAUCUUAUUAAAAGGAACCCCUAACCCCAAGACUAAUAAGCUUAAUGGGAUGUGAUACAAAAAUCGUUUGUAAAGCGAUUUCUAGAAGAUAGAUAAAUAUCUUCCUGAGCUAAUUAAUGAAGACCAACAAGGAUUCGUACAAAAAAGACAAGGGUAUCAGACUAUUAGGAGAGUUUUGAAUAUAUUACAUGAGAAACACAAUGCUAUCAGUAGAUGCAUGUCAAGCAUUCGAUAGAGUAGAAUGGGGCUACCUUUUCGAAGUACCCCGAAGAUUUGGGUCGGACAAGGUUUUUCUUAAAUGGAUUCAACUACUCUACACAAACCCAUCGGUUGAGAUCUUAACUAAUAAUGCCAUACCGAAACCCUUUACUUCCCUUAUGAGAGAGGGGCCCCCUCUCAUGUUUGAAAGUAGCAGUGAAAUUGUUAGAAACAAUUUAGAAGUUUGAAUUAUAUUUAUUCAACUUCCCAAUCUCAUAUGGUAUUAUGUGGAUGCCCAGCUGACCUCAUUAUCAUAUCAUUUCUGUAUAACAGAGCCCCAGCCUGGGUAGGCACCGAGCAAGAGUCCAUUCCAGAUCUACCAUUACACCUGUAUCCAUACCCUUCGGAUAUUAAGACAUUGAAAAAUACAAUUUCAGUCUGGAAUGCUGCACAGAAGCAUAUAGGUGUUCAUUACCCCAAUAGGAGUAAACCCAGCUGCAUUCGCUGGGUUUACUCCUAUUGAGGUAAUGAACAGUUUACACUUAGUAAAAAAGAUUGAUUUAGGAGUUUUUCCUUCUUUUGAUGAAUUAUGUCAGAGAUGUCAAAUCCGUAAAAAACAUUUCUUUAAGUCUUUAACGCUUAAAAGCUAUAUGUCAUAAAAAUAUAGACAGAUAAAGUGUAUACCAAUUUUUUUUAAACUUGAGUAAACAACACUGGUAAAUUUCAAGGGAAGGGUCACGUAUCUAAAUACUAUAGCACAUUUGUUGCAUAUAGUAAUGAAUCGACACUAGAUAGAUUAAAUGCUUUAAAAAUGGAUAUACAAGAAGACAUCGACGAGAUGGAUUGGAAUGAUGCUUGUGUGAAAGCACAAAAACAGACAAUAAUUACAAGGUUUAAAUGACUUCAAUACAAAUGGUUGAUAAGAAUGUACAUAACUCCUGUCAAGCUCCAUCAUGUCUGCUAAUAUUCCAGAUGUUUGUACAAAAUGUUUAGAUGAGAAAGGUACUUUGUUUCAUUAUGUAUGGGAAUGUCCAAAGAUCAAAAACUUCUGGAAAGAUGUUUUAAAACUUGUGUCAGAAAUGUUCAAUAUCAAAGUCCCUUUAAAUGUCAAACUCUGUGUACUUUGUAUUUAUCUGAAGGACUUUAUAUAAACAUCGAAAAAGACAAAAUUUCUGGACAUUGGACUUCUUCAAGCCAGGAGAGCUAAUGCACUUUGUUGGAAGAGUGUGGAUGCACCAUCAUUGAGAAUGUUUAUACGGGAGCUUUCGGACUGUAUCAGUCUGGAAAGACUAACUUGCAUUGCUAAGGGCAAGCGGAAACACUCUAUUCAGCAAUGGGAACCAUACAUGAAUAUCAUGAUAGAUGGAAGUCUAGGCUUUACCUGGAAGUAAAUUGUAAACAAAGUAGGGAAAUACUGUAUUUCAUCUUAUUUGUAUUCUAUCUGGGAUCGAUGCAGGGGGAAUGUGUGUGUGGGUUUUGAUAUGUAUGUCUAUGUCUUGUACGUACUUCUGGUCUCAAAUUGUAUGAUUUAUAGUAAUGUUAUAAGAAAAUUACAAUAAACAUUGUGGGGGAAAAAACAGUAACUAAUUUAAUUGUUUCAGUAAGGAUGAGCAAAUUUGUUACUGGACAGCAGAAAGUCUAUACAUCUUCCGCCGCAACCUAAAAACACAUCUCUUCACCUUGAAUAAAAGUUUAUGGCACUUUAUAGUUUGGCUUUCUUAAAGAAAUAGUACUGUCUUGAUUCUUGUUGUUCUGGGUUUGUACCCUCAUGGUUGAAUGCACUUAUUGUAAGUCGCUUUGUAUAAAACCGUCAGCUAAAUGAAAAGUAAUGUAAUGUAAAGCUACAAAGGAUGAAAAGUUUGCUCUGUUGUAGUAUUAGGUUGGACUGAAAACCUGCAUCCUCUGCAGCUUUCCAGGAACAUGUCUUAUCACGUUCAGUUGCAAUAGGGGAAACUGUUUUUAUUUCAACCACAACUUGUCUUUGUCAACCAGCUACGUACCACAAGCUUUUAAGGAAGCAGUAAUUAAACCUCUGCUUAAAAAGCCCACUCUUGAUCCAGAUGAUUUAGCUAAUUAUAAACCCAUAUCAAACCUGCCCUUCAUUUCUAAAAUCUUUGAAAAAGCUGUUGCUCACCAGCUUUGUUAUUACUUAGUUAGUAAUGGUUUGUUGGAAGACUUUCAGUCAGGAUUUAAAAUCCAUAACAACAAGGAAACGGCACUAUUAAAAGUUACUAAUAACCUUUUCAGGGCAUCAGAUUCUGGACUUGUCUCUAUACUCGUCCUGUUGAAUCUUAUUGCAGCAUUUGACACCAUAGAUCAUAAGAUUCUGGAACAACAUGUAGGGAUUAAAGCAUAGGCACUAGGCUGGUUUAAAUCAUAUUUAUCAGUUAGAAUUCAAUUUGUUAAUGUUAACACUGACUCCGUCUUUGGACCGAUACUCUUCACCUUCACCAUAUGCUGACUUCAGGCAACAUCAUCAGAAUGCACCACGUAUACUUCCAUUGUUACGUGGUCAUGAAAAACCUGGAAAAGUCAUGGAAUUUUAAAAUGUGUUUUUCCAGGCCUGGAAAAGUCAUGGAAAAAAAUAAAAUCCCAAAGGUUAUGGAAAAGUCAUGGAAAUUUGUUAUAUUCAUAUUUUCAUGUCUUUCAUUUACGCUGAGUUUUAAAUAAUUCAUACGUUUUUAAAGAAAAUACGCUCAAAAUAUAAGCAGGCAUACUUGGGUUUGUGUCAUUUAAGGUAUACUGUAUGCCUUAGAAUUCUCAUUGUUAGUUUAAAUACUACAUUUUAUCACUUUUUCGCGUAUACACCGAGAUUUCACAAAAUGUUCGGUCAUGGAAAUUUGGUUUAAAGUUAUUGAAAAGUCAUGGAAACGUCAUGGAAAUCCAUUGGUCAAAAUGUGUAUGAACCCUGCACUUAGUUCAACUUCAGGAAAGUAUCAAGAACAUUAAGGCCUGGAUGACUCAAAACUUCUUACUUCUAAAUUCAGACAAAACUGAGGUCAUUGUUAUUGGCCCUAAACAUCAGAGAAACACUGUCUGACCAGAUAGUCUCUUUGGAUGUAUUAGUUAGGCCCCUAGCUCCACUGUGUAGCUAUGUUUGACCAGAACAUCUCAUUUGACCCACAUAUAAAACAAGUCUCUCGGACAGCUUUCUUCCACCUGCGCAAUAUUCCGACUCAGAAGGAUGCUGAGAAACCUGUCCACGCAUUUGUUACCUCUAGACUAGAUUACUGUAAUCAGAAUGUCACAGUAGGUCUGUGAAAAUCCUCCAAGAUUCUUUUCAUUAUAACUAGUCAGAGCUUAAACCUGGUUCACAAGUGUUCCUGGUUAAAACAGAUUUUCAGGCAAGGUCUCUAUACUGACAAUUUAAAUAAAAAGACUGUCAUUGACUUUGAGAACG